UAUAAAUAAGUCUCAUUUUGUGAAAACAUUGUAUAGUGUAUAUAUCUGCUUGAUGAGAUUUAUAACUGCAUCUUAAAUAUUUGAUUUUACGGUGUUUAAACUGAUCGUCACCUCAAAAUUAUUAUCAGUGACAUUUAGAAAAUCAAGACAAUUACGCUAGAUGGAGAAGAAGAUCGAGUUUAAUUAGACGAUCAAAGACGUUAAAUGUUAAGAAACCAUGUUUAUCACAAUACUGUUAUUGCCUAUUGUUAUUUUAUUGGUGUAUAAUUAUUACGUGUAUUAUGGAAGAAAUGGGCGAUUGAUUAAUCUUAUACCAGGACCAAAAAACUUACCGAUUAUUGGCUAUUUAUUGCACUUCCAAGGACUUUCAGCAGAGAAACAACUGAAACUGUUAUACGAUUUAAGUAAUUUGUAUUAUCCUAUUUUUAAAUUAUGGGCUUUAUUUACACCCGUUGUAUUUAUUCGUCAUCCAGAUGAUUUUGAGACGAUAUUAAGUAACAUCAAGCAUAUCGAGAAAAGUCAUAUAUAUAAGCCGUUACUACCUUGGUUCAACACAGGUCUUCUUACUAGUGCAGGCACUAAGUGGCAAACGCGACGAAAAUUAUUAACACCUGCAUUCCACUUUAAAAUAUUAAAUCAAUUUGUUGAAAUCUUGAUCAAGGAGGGUGAUUUUAUGGCACAAUGUUUGAAAGAUAUCGGAGGAACAGUUGUAAAAGAUUUAGUACCAUUUACUAGUGAACAUACGUUAAAUGCGAUAUGCGAAACUGCGAUGGGCAUCUCUCUGCAAAAACUUGGCAAAUUUCAGCAACAGUAUCGAAGUGCAAUUCACGAGAUAAUUGAACUAAUAGUUUAUAGAUUACUGAGCCCUUGGAUCUAUAAUAAUUUGAUGUUCGCAUUGUCAUCAACAGGAAGGAAGCAAAAAAGGAUCUUGAAAAUAUUGCAUGGAUUUACGGAAAAAAUCAUUGCAGAGAGAAAACUUUAUCAUAAACGCACUAAUGGUCGAUACUUGAAAAAUCUUGAAAGUGACAAAGAGGCGGAGAUAGAUGAUGCAGAAGUGUUUGCAAUUAAAAAAAAACGGCUAGCCAUGCUGGAUCUCCUAAUAAUGGCAUCUCAAGACGGUGUUUUGACUGACUUGGAUAUUAGAGAGGAAAUCGACACCUUUAUGUUUGAAGGUCAUGACACUACAGCGAUGGGUUUAACCUUUGCUUUAUUAUUAUUAGCUGAACACAAAGAUAUUCAGGAACGUGUGAGGGCUGAAAUCGAUACCGCGAUGCAGGAAAACGGAGGAAAACUUACCAUGAAAUCGUUGCAAGAUUUAUCAUAUUUAGACAGAUGUUUAAAGGAAGUGUUACGUUUAUAUCCGAGCGUGCCUUUUAUAUCACGAACAGCUGCGGAAGACGUAAAAUUACAAUCAUAUGUCGUGCCUGCUGGAACGAUUCUAUUUCUUCAAAUUUUUGGGUCUCACAGAGAUCUAAAUUUCUGGCCAAAUCCGGAAGUUUUUGAUCCGGAUAGAUUUUUACCCGAAAAAAUCCAGAAUCGUCACCCUUAUUCUUAUGUACCAUUUAGUGCCGGGCCGAGGAAUUGCAUAGGUCAACGAUUCGGUAUGCUAGAGUUGAAGGCUAUGAUAGUUUCUUUGAUACACAAUUUUUACUUGGAACCAGUAGAUCAUGUAAAGGAUGUUCGGCUGAAGGUUGAUAUAGCCCUGUGGAACCGGUUAUGUGAUAUCACUGAUAAAUAUUAUCCCUUUCUUAAAAUCUGGGGAUUCUUCCUUCCCCUUGUCUCUCUUCGUCAUCCAGAUGAUUUAGAGACAAUACUAAGCAACACCAAACACAUCGAGAAAAGUCUUAUAUAUGAUAUGUUUCAUCCUUGGUUAAACAGAGGUCUUCUCACCAGCACAGGCACUAAGUGGCAAACGCGACGAAAAUUAUUAACACCUACAUUCCACUUUAAAAUAUUAAAUCAAUUUGUUGAAAUCUUGAUCAAGGAGGGUGAUUGCAUGACACAGUCUUUGAAGGAUACUGGUGGAACAGUUGUAAAAGAUUUAGUACCAUUUAUUAGUGAACAUACGCUAAACGCGAUAUGCGAAACUUCCAUGGGCAUCUCACUGCAAGAACUUGGCAAAUUUCAGCAACAGUAUCGAAAUGGCAUACAUCAGAUAAUCGAAAUAAUAGUUAAUAGAGUGUUGAAUCCUUUUGUCCAUCACAAUUUGUUAUUUGCAUUGACGCCAGAAGCAAGAAAACAAAAACAGAUUUUGAAAAUAUUGCAUGGAUUUACAGAAAAAAUCAUUGCUGAAAGAAAACAUUAUCACGAACGCACGAAUAAUCGAUACUUAAAAGACCUUGAAAAUGACAAAGAAAUGGAGACAGAUGAGGUAUUUGGAAUUAAAAAAAAGCGACUGGCUAUGUUAGAUCUCUUAUUGGCAUCUCGUCAGGAUUUGUCCGAUUCAGACAUUAGAGAGGAAGUCGAUACCUUUGUGUUUGAGGGUCAUGAUACUACAGGAAUGGGUAUUACCUUCGCUUUAUUAUUAUUAGCUGCACAUAAGGAUAUCCAGGAACGUGUGAGAGCUGAAGUCGAUACCGUGAUGCAGGAAAACGGAGGGAAACUUACCAUGAAAUCGUUGCAAGAUUUAUCAUAUUUAGAUAGAUGUUUAAAGGAAACACUACGUUUGUAUCCGAGUGUGUUUUUAAUAUCACGAAAAACUGCGGAAGACGUCAAAUUACAUUCAUAUGUUGUGCCUGCCGGAACGAUUUUACAUCUUCAUAUUUAUGGGGUUCAUAGAGAUCCCAAUUUUUGGCCAAAUCCAGACGUAUUUGAUCCGGAUAGAUUUUUGCCCGAAAAAAUCCAGAGUCGUCAUCCUUAUUCCUAUCUACCAUUCAGCGCAGGACCAAGGAACUGCAUAGGUCAACGAUUCGCCAUGCUAGAGUUGAAAGCUAUGAUAGCUCCUUUGGUGCACAAUUUCUACUUGGAACCAGUAGAUCUUGUAAAGAAUGUCCGGCUGAAGGCCGAUGUAAUAAUUCGUCCUUCUCACCCGGUUCGUGUAAAAUUUGUUCCAAUCGAAGGCAAACAGUCUACGUAAAUGUAAGAAAUUGAUGUAUUGUAGAAAUGAAAGAGAAAUCAUUACGCAUAUUAUAUGUUCAACAAAAUAUAUAUUGUAUGUGUAAAUCUAAUCGUGAAAAUAUACAUGUAGAAACUAUA